AUGGCUAAAGAAAGCACGAAAGAAUCCAAGUCUGAGGAUAACUAUGAUGCUAGAAUGCCCGCGGUUUUACCGUUUGCCAAACCAUUGGCUUCGAAGAAAUUGAAUAAAAAACUGUUGAAAACGGUAAAGAAGGCUUCCAAGGCUAAAAAUGUUAAGAGAGGUGUAAAAGAAGUUGUCAAAGCUUUGAGAAAGGGGGAAAAAGGUUUAGUGGUCAUUGCAGGUGAUAUAUCACCCGCAGAUGUCAUCUCUCACAUCCCAGUCUUGUGCGAAGAUAACGCCGUACCAUAUAUAUUUGUUCCAUCGAAACAAGACUUGGGAUCUGCCGGUGCUACCAAGAGACCUACCUCGGUGGUGUUCAUUGUACCUGGUAGUAACAAGAAGAAGGAGGCUAAGGCCAAAGAGGAGGAGUACAAGGACUCCUUCAAUGAGGUCGUAAAAGAGGUCGAAGCCCUUUAA